AUGGCACCAAAGAAAGCAGAAGCGCCGACGAAUAAUGUCGUCGCCUUCGGGCGCGUCAAGUCCAAUCUCAAGAUGGGUUGUAUUGGCCUACCGAACGUGGGCAAGAGUUCGCUGUUCAACCUCAUGACAGAGCAGAGCGCUGCGGCAGAAAAUUACCCAUUUUGCACCAUCGAGCCAAAUGAAGCGCGUUGCAUUGUUCCUGACCCAAGAUAUGACUUCCUGUGCAAUGUCUGGAAUCCACCGAGUAAAUACCCGGCAUACUUGCAGGUUACGGACAUCGCGGGAUUAAUCAAGGGAGCGAGUGAGGGAGCUGGCUUGGGAAAUGCGUUCUUGAGUCAUAUCCAGGCCGUGGAUGGGAUGUACCACGUUGUCCGGUGCGUUCGUUUUGAAAAUCCGAGAAAUGAGGCAGCUACUUACUAUUUAUUACAUAGGGCGUUUGAUAACGACGAGGUUCUUCAUGUGGACGACUCCGUUGAUCCGGUCCGCGACUUGGAUACUAUUCAGAGCGAGCUUUGUAAAAAGGAUUUGGAUAUUCUUGCCAAAGCCAAGGUUGCCGAAGAGGCAAUUGUGCGGAAGGCUGGAGGAAAAUUCAAGAUGUUGCCGCUGUUCGACGAGACGACUGCUAAGAUCAAGGAGCUCUUGGAACAGGAUAAGCCUGUUAGAGACGGAGAGUGGACGACUCCGGAAAUCGAGUUGAUCAACGAGAAGUUACGCCUCAUCACUACGAAGCCGGUAAUCUACCUCAUCAACCUUACGAUGAAAGACUACCUCCGCCAGAAAUGCAAAUACCUGCCCAAGAUCGCGGAGUGGGUUAAGGCCCACGGCGGCCAAGGCACAGAUAUUAUCCCCUUCUCCGUCGAGUUUGAGGAGAAGCUGUGGUCCCUAAGGGAAGACAAGCCAGCGCUAGAUGCUUUCAUGGCCGAGAUCAAGGUCCAGAGCCGCUUGGGAAAGAUAACUACCGAAGGCUUCACUAAGCUGGGACUGCAGUACUACUUUACCGCCGGCGAGAAAGAGAUCCGCUGCUGGCCGAUCAAGCGGGGAGCACUGGCUCCGCAAGCUGCUGGUGUCAUUCACGGCGACUUUGAGCGCGGUUUCAUUAAGGCCGAAGUUGUGGCGUACCAGGACUUCCAUGACCUCUGCAAGGGUGAGAAGUCGAUGGGGCCAAUCAAGUCAGCUGGGAAGUACAGGCAGGAGGGCAAGACUUAUGUCGUCCAAGAUGGAGACAUUAUCCACUUCCAGUUCAACGUUGCACCGCCAAAGAAGAAGUAG